AUGUCCCCGACAGCGGCGCAGCUCGAGCCGCUCUAUGCGCGGUUACCUUCAGUUGAUGUGACAGGCGAGGCCAUGCACAGCGCUGCACUGCUGGCUGUCGGCGCUUAA